AUGGAGGGGCCGCAGGACCAGGCAGCGGCGCCACCUCCCGACGCUGCGGCAGCGGCGCCGGCGGCCCAGGAGGCCGCCAUCGACUUCCUCGUAAGGGCGGGGAUAAAGUUCGAGGACCCCGAUGCGCCUCCCGCGGAAGCAGCAGGCCGCCGCGGCAUCGUGCGGGCGGUGGUGGACAGGCUUGGCAGCAUGCUGCGCGGCACGCGCCACCGCCAGCUCAAGUCGCCUGGCGGCAGAAAGCGGCGCCACAGCAGGGGCGCAGACGAGGUGGCGGUGCCCGUCUCACCCAACAACCGCGCGGCAAAGGUCCAGCGGGUCGGCAGCAGACACCAGGGCACCCGCGGCAGCCUGCCAGAGGCCGCCGCCAUCCCUGCGGCAGCCCCCGGCCCCAUGGAAGCCGUGUCUGCGGCUGAUCAGCAGCAGCAGCAGCAGCGGCAGGACCUGCAGCCAGGCACCCCCGCCUCCCAGGCCGGCAGCAGCCCCGGCAAGGCGGCGGCCGCAGCGGCUGACGCCGGCGACGGCAGCCAGGCCACAGCGGCGAGCCUGCCAACCACCCAGCCAAGCAGCCUGGAGAGCGCGGCAGCGGCACAGGCGGCGGCCGCUGCUGCAGGCGCGGCAGCUGGCGCAGCAGGGCCAGUGGCAGCAGGUGCAGCAGAAGCUGCAGAGGCACCCCAGGCGGAGGGGGCGGAGGAGCCACGGCAGGAGCACGCUGGUGGCGCCGGCAGCCACCAGGAGGGUGGCGGCGUGGAUGACAGCUACGAGGCGCCAGCGAGCGAAGGGCCAGAGGCGUGCAGUGAUGCGCAGGAGCAUGCCGCAGGCGCGGGCGCAGAGGGAGACCAGGGAGCGGACGCCAGCACGGCUGCUGCUGCCGCCGCCGAGCGCCCGAGCGCCGAGCAGGAGGUGGAGGCGCCAGAGGAGACGCCGGGCUGGCAGCAGGUGGCGGGCGGCGUGGGAGCCGCCAUUAAGUGGAGGCAGGUGCUGGACAGCUAUGUCCAGGGUGGCGAGGGAGCGGGCGGCCCUUUGGACGUGAACCAAUGGCUGCAAGACCUGCCGCUGGUGACCAACCUGGAGGCGCAGCAAUAUGUGCUGGACGAGUUGACGGUGCACCCGCGCGUCUGCCAGCGCCGCCUUCCGCCCCUGCUGAGCAAGCUGCUCCGCAGGGCCCUGCAGUCGGACCUCGGCGGCGAGGAGGCGCACGCGCUGAGCGGCAUAUUUGCCAAGUGUAUCGCUCGGCCAUUUUUACUGCACGACGGCGAGCUGCUGGAGGCGGCGGUCGAUUGCGCCACCUUCCUGGCUGGGGCUUUCUACCCCAGCGAGCUGCUGUCUGCUAUGGGAGUCUGGGAUGCGGCCGCCAGCGCACUGCAGCUGCAGGCCUUGGCGCCGCUCAUCAAUAGGAUCGAGUGGUGCGAGCGGGAGCGUGGUCUGAAGGCCUGCUCCGGCAUGCUCAACUUGCUGCGUGCUGCCGGCAGCUCCCUGGCCAGCACGCCCGACUUGAUGCCGCUUGCCACGCUGCGGCAUGCCAUCUGUGCAGAUGCGGCUUGCGAGGCCACGGCGGCCGACGGCCUGAGGGCCUUCCUGGGCAUCCUCCAAGGCAUGGCUGCCCAGAACGGCGCGGUGGCGGAGCUGGUGGCCAGCGCCCGCGCGGCCAUUGCAGGCGAAGGGGCCGAAGCAGACGCGGAGUGGCAGGGAGGCGGCGCGGAUGUGGAGCCGGUCGGCCCGCCCUCGUCAGCGGCUGCGGCGGAGGCCGCUGCGGCGACGCUGCUGCACUUCCACCGCGGAGCAGAGGUAGCGGCAGCAGAUGAGCGCGGCGGCCUGCUGGCGUGGGAGCCUGCCACCGACCCCGCCGUGCAGGAGGAGGAAGAUGAUGAUUCUCCGCUCGGGGUGGGCACUGAGGGUGGGGACGAGGCGCCCGAGGCUGAUGCCGGCCUGCCAUCGCAAUCGCCAUCCGUGCUGGAGCUGCUCGGAGCUGAGGCGGCAGAGGCGAUGGCCAAGGCCGGCAGCGGCGCGCCCGAGGCAGGUGCCACCAGGCUGGCGCUGCGGUCCGUGGCUGCGGCAGCCAGCCUGCCUCCGGCGGCGGAGCCGGGCGCCGCCAACAUCCUGGCAGAACCUGCACCUGCUGUGCCGGCACCCACCGCGGCAGAAGCCGCCGAGCAGCGCCUGGACAGCCCGGCAGCGGCGCAGGCGGCUGCCGAUGCCGCAGAAGCAGGCGCGGCAGCAGGCGCAGCAGCGCCAGUGGCAGCAGGUGCAGCAGAACCUGCAGAGGCACCCCAGGCGGAGGGGGAAGAGGAGGUAGGGCAGGAGCACGCUGGCGGCGCCGACAGCCAUGGCCACCAGGAGGGUGGCACUGUGGACGACGGCUACAAGGCGCCAGGCAGCGCAGAGAUGAAGGAGGGCGAGCACCUUCCACCCAGCCUGGAUUUGCUGGCGGAUGGGGGAGUUCAGGAGGCACCCAAGGGUGAUGCUGACAUGCCAGAUGCAUCGCCAUCCGUGCUGGAGCUGCUCGGAGCUGAGGAGGCGGCAGAGGCACACCAGCACGCACAAUGGGCGGAUGCUGACCAGGAUGGUGAUGAGCUGGCGCAGGAAGUGGAGGAGGCACGAGACCAUCAGGGCGGCGGCGUGGCCGAGGAGGUGCCUGGUGCGGCUGAUGCUGUGGAACGCAAUGGCGACGAGGAGCCCGCUCCAGAGCCUGGGUCCCUGGUGCAGCUGCUGGACUUUGUCCAGGCCGUGGUCCUGCCGGCCACGAAGCAGCCGAACGUGGAUGCUGUGGCGUGCAAGCGCGGCGGGCACAGGUUUCACAACCGUGUGACCAAGCGGAGCGAUAUGUUCCAGCAGAUGGGACUCGCCCCUCAAGCUGCCUUCAAGUACCCCAAGGCCUUCACCUCGUGA